AUGGAUAAAUGCUCUUUAAGUGUAGUUCCAAUUCAGAAGGGAGAUAAGUUCAAUCUCAUGCAAUGUCCAAAAAAUGAAUUGGAACGAAAUAAGAUGGAAACUAUUCCUUAUGCAUCUAUUGUUGGAAGCUUAUUGUAUGCACAUACUUGCACUAGACCAGACAUUAGUUUUGUUGUGGGUAUGCUAGGCAAGUAUCAAAGUAAUAUAGGAAUGGAUCAUUGGAAAGCUGCAAAGAAAGUUUUAAGGUAUCUGCAAGGAACAAAGGAUUAUAUGCUUACUUACAAGAGAUCUGAUCAUCUUAAAGUGAUUGGAUAUUCAAAUUCAAAUUUUUCCGGAUGUGUGGAUAAAAGAAAAUCCACAUUUGGCUAUUUAUUUCUGUUAGCUGAAGGAGCAAUUUCAUGGAAAAGUGCAAAGUAG